AUGGAUUCUUCGAAUUCCCCAAGAAAUGCCUCAAUCUCAGAUCGCAAAGGCUGGUUUGGCCUGAAAUCGAGCAGUAGCCAUAACAAGCGCGAUACCGAGCCCAUCGGGCCGAGCAAACCCCCUAUUGCAGCAGACCACCCGCGAAAAUCAUCCCGCGAGUCACGCAAUUCAAGGUACUUUAUUUCCCAAAAACACCCUCAAUCGUUUCUGACAUCGAGGUCAUCUAGAGGAUAUAGUGGAGAGCUACAGCUGCAGCAGCGGCCGCCUUCUUGGAAUGACUCAGGACAUGACUUUUCACACGAAAUCCCUCAUCCAGACCCGGCCAUCAAGCAGGAGCCAAGCGGUGACUCUUUUAAUAAAUUGUCCCUCGCGGACCAGAGUAGACAAAUCCCAUCCUUCGACUCCAUGCGCCCUUCUAAACGGCCCGCUCCUAACCAAGACGUCUGGCCCAAUAAGAAGGAAGAUCGAGGUUCUACUUCGCCAUACUCCACUCUCCACGAGCAAGUAUACUCCCACGCCCCGUCUCCUCCCUUCGACUCCACUGGGACGCAAUCACCUUCAGCCGGAUAUCGAUCGGCUCCGAGAACUCCGCUCUCUUCACCUAGACUCGUCUCACCUCAUCUUGUGACUACGUCGCGACAACCCCCUCGCCAGUCCUUGCUUUCUUCCAACCAACCAAUCUACGCACAGAAUCAAGACGAAGAGAGAAAGAUCUCCAUCUGCACGUCUCCAUAUGGCACCCCUAGCUCGAAUACGCCUGUCGACUCAGAUACGAAGAUGCUUUUGCAGCCCGAGACUCGGUCUAUCUCUCAAGAUCAACUCGUAAAUGAGGUCAAAGGUAUAUAUGCUGGCCUCGUUAUGGUUGAAAAGAAAUGUGUAGAAAUUUGCCAAGAGCAGGCUCAAACCACGACCAAGCUCUCGAACGAACAAUGGCAAGCAUUAAUCACCUUACAUCGCACCCUCCUUCACGAGCAUCACGACUUCUUCCUGGCUUCUCAGCACCCUACGGCCUCUUCUGCAUUACGCCGAUUACCCACGAAGUACGCCAUGCCUGCGCGAAUGUGGAGACACGGAAUACAUUCAUUCCUGGAACUACUUCGUCAUCGUCUACCACAUUCCCUCGAACAUAUGCUCAGUUUCGUGUAUCUGGCAUAUCAAAUGAUGGGACUUUUGAUGGAGUCAGUUCCGGCCUUCCACGAGACGUGGAUUGAGUGCUUGGGAGACCUCGCUCGCUACCGAAUGGCUAUCGAGGAAGCUGACAUGCGGGAUCGAGAAAACUGGUCGAAUGUCGCUCGCAUGUGGUAUAAUCGUGCUGCGGACCGCUCACCGACAACGGGGAGAAUUCAACAUCAUUUGGCCGUCCUGGCGAGACCCAAUAUUGUCCGCCAGUUGUUUUACUAUUCCAAGGCCUUAAUCAGUGUUAUUCCUUUCGUGAAUGCGAGGGAUUCAAUAAUGCUUUUGUUUACCCCUUUUCUUGAUAAGUCCGACUUGACAAAUCAAAAGUAUCCCUUGCUAGAAAGCUCCCUGGUCACCGCGGCAGGAAUUCUAUUCACCUGUGGCUCCGUUCGCGAAUACUGUGCUUACGUCAAGCAAUUCGUAUCUGAACUCGACAGCCAUAUUACCAGGUCCGGAUCUAACUGGAAAGUUCAAGGCGCAGAGGUCGCAUCCUCUUUAAUUGCUUGCAUCUUUGCUUUUGGAUCCGACGAGAGUUUUCUGUGGAAAGCGUUCCGUGCUAAUUUAGACAAGACAAAAGGAAUCCAGACGGAAAAGCGGGACCCACUUUCAGAAACUACCCCAAUUGAGGACCCAGUCAUCAAGAACAGCAUCCACCGGAAAUUUUGGGAAAAUAGCAGCAUUAGCUCGAAGGACUUUCAACAGGCUCGUUUAGCAACGGGUGAUCGACCAGAUGUGAAAUUUGUCUCUGCCGAUGAGGUCACUUCAUACGUUCUUCCGGUGUGGGCUGCCUCUAUCUCAAUUGUUGCAGGUAAAGUCGGCGAUCGAAACACUCUUCCGUUUAUGCACUUGACGUUGGCCUUUCUCUGGAGUUUAUCAUACGUUCCAGGAGCAUUGAUUUAUCUCGAAAACUACGUUCCGUGGACAAAGAUUGUCUUAUCGUUAAAUACGUUAAGCAGAUCCGGAGUUGUUGACGCAAGAAUCGAGUCCACGGAAUUCCCUCAACAGCAAUCUGGAACAGGCCGUCAAUUGCCCGAGGAUUUCCCUAUGCGUGGACUGAUUUGGGCUUCAUACUAUUUCCCGUCCGACUUUUUUGAAGGACAGGUAGUCGACGAGGAUGAACGGACUCUAGAGCUGCCAUCUCAUGCUGCCCCACGUGCCGAACGAUGUCUCUGGUUGGGAGUGAGACUUGCGUCGUUGCAUCGAUACAUUUCCUACAAUUACAAGUCCAAACAAUUUAGUUGUACUGGCUUUGCCCUGUCUUUGGCCAAUGAUUCCGUCAUGGAUUUGUUGCAAGUACAGAAUCCCGCUGCAGAUAAGGAUGUCGAUGCUCCAAUGAUCGACGUAGCAUAA